CCAACUUUUGCGAAUCGAAACGUACUCAUUCCAAUACCUUGAUAGCCACAUUUUCCCACUGAAAUGCACGAGAAGCCAUGCGCGAGGAAAUCAAGCCGCCUCCCUACCCGCAAGACCUUCCUUCCUGGCACGAGCUAGCCGUCGAGGACUUCCAAAAGCCCUGGCUGCACUACGAGCCUUUCCUCCGCUCGCGUGGCUACAUCCUGCAGUCUAGUCCCGACUUCGACAGCGAGGCGACGAAGGAUCGGUUUCCGACGAAGCCUGCGAAGGACCCUUUUCAUCCGAGGAACGACGAGGACUUCGUGCAUCGGAUUGAUUGGGAUACACACAGAGCGUUCUUCAAUUUGCCAAGUCCGCAGAUGCGAGCCAAAGUCAACGCUGCCCUCGACCCGCAUUACCGGAUGGUCAUUAUAAAGGCCGUCCACGUCGAGAGUAGCGAGUGGAUGAUCAUUGGCUAUCUCUCUACUGGUGCUAGGCGGAAAGAUCCGCGGAAUCACACCAUACCUCUCGUUGAGAUUAUCCAUGCCGGGGAGUACGUCUUCAUUGUACAGGCGUGCUGGGAUUAUUCCUGGGGCUUUCCGCCGUUCGACUCGGUCAAGUCGCGGCUGGACUGGGCGCACCAGCUGCUAAGGGGCCUCUGUUUCAUGCACGAACUGGGCAUCUCUCAUGGCGACAUUCACAGCGCCAACGUGCUAUGGAACCACGAUGGCGCACGCCCGUCGUCCUUUCUCGAAGACCCCUGCCCCAAGCUACACAGCACCUUCGACGCCCGCUAUGCCUUCAUCGACUUCGGCGCCGCAAUCCACUCGCUCGACGAAGCCGAUCGCUACGCCACACCGAGGACAUACCCUCCUGAAGAGUACGCGGCGCCAGAGCAGAUCCUCGAGAUUCCGAUAGACCGGUUUGCGGCCGAUGUGUACAACCUCGGCCGCGUGAUGGAGAAGGAGUUGUACAGUGCCCUCAAGCAACGGCAUCCUGUCGCGCACGAGAUGCUCGCUAGAGCUCACAAGUAUGCCGAGCUCAUUCAGACAAUGGUGACCGAGCUACCGAAGGAGCGCCCCUCUGUGCAGCAAGCUUUGGUAGCUUUACAGAAAAUAAUAGCAGAAGUUUGAU